AUGUUCCACAUUGCACGUGCCCCACUGUUAAGAUUACAUAAGAUACAAAGCCUGCGCCUACUGCUCUCCAGCAAUGCAGGGUUUUCAUCUGACUCGAACACACCCGGCGGAGAUGAUGGAAAUGAUAAACCCAACAAACGAAAACCAAAUACCCUCCCUCGCAAACCCGUCGACAAUGAAGAUGACGUUAAAACAUCAUCCGCAGCCCUAAACCGUCUAAACGAGCUGCUCGCCAUGAUGAACACCGAAAGUGAGGUGAAGCUCGCAAAAAAAGUUGACCUGCCUCGGCCAAAGACGAAGAAAUCACACGAAAAGAAAGCGGAAUCGGAUUCCGAUUCCGACGAGGACGAGCGGCCAAAGGAUCUCGCUCAAGCCACCCGGAAAGUGGCCACCGCACUGGGUGGUGAUGCGAAGCGUACAGAAACGGAGCUGCUUUCGAAGCUGCUCGGAACAUCCACUGCCAGUGGUGGGGAGAACAAUCUGACGGACAUUAUCACGGGUAUGUCCGUGGAUAAGAAGAUGGACGGAAAGGGAGAAAAAGAUCCCACUCGCAGCAUGUUGGUAAAGAAAUCGAUUGACGCUAAACGGCAGCAGAAACGUUCGGUUGACGAGGGCGAUCAGAAACGGGGUUUUAUGGCUAGGGAUCGAAACGACCGGAGACGGGUGGGUCCAAAACAACCGCCACCGACGUUGGGAGGUCCUGGAAGCGUAAAACUGUUCGGUGAGGAACCCCUAGGUAUAUUCACGGACCUUGCCACGCUUAAAGAGAGUCCCGAUAUGCUACCGGUCUGGCAAAAACUAAGCGAACGGGAACUACGGCUUGCCGUUAUGCAUCCACCGUCGAAUUACUUCCAAAAGAUGGCCCUUUGGACCGACCAGGGCAAGCUGUGGAAGUUCCCCAUUAACAACGAGCAGGGCCGGGAUGCGGAAGCGAAAGUGUCCUUCACCGAGCACGUGUUCCUGGAGGAGCAUCUCGAACCGUGGUGUCCGAAGAAGGGCCCAGUUCGUCACUUCAUGGAACUCGUGUGCGUUGGGUUAUCGAAGAACCAUUACAUCACGGCGCAGGCAAAGCGUGAGCACAUCUUCUGGUUCCGGGAUUACUUUGAGCAGAAAAAGGACGUGCUACAGGCCACCAUUGCACAGGAGAGCACCCAACCGAAGGAGCUAGAGAAAUAAAACGGUA